GAAUCUGAGGAGGAGACUAUAUUUUUAUUAUUUUUAAUUUUUUUUUUUUUAAAUAUUAUCUUCGGCGUACAAAGAGGACGCUCGGAAUUCACCGGCCUGUCGGCUCCCGAGAGGGACCCGGGAAUUGUGCGGUCGCUUUUCUUCACCUGCUUUUUUUUUUUUUUUUUUGGUUGGUUGGUUUGGUUUUUUUUUUGUUUGUUUUGACUGGGGGCUUUUUAUUUUUAUUACUCUCCUUAUCCUUCCCCGCUGAGCAGCGGCGGCAGCAGCAAUAUGGCUGGUGAUGGGCUUUUUGGGGGGCGCUGGCGGCGGGAGGAGCUCUCGGAAGCCCCUGCGCGCCCGGCUCGCUGUUAGCUAUGGCAAAUGGCAGCGGCGGCGGCUCCUACCCGGGCGGCAGCGGCAUUAGAAUGAGUAACAAUAUCAACGCCAACAAUCUCAACACAGACUCGUCCUCCUCCCCCGUCAAUGUGCCCAAGAUGGAUGCGCUCAUCAUCCCGGUGACCAUGGAGGUGCCCUGCGAUAGCCGCGGACAGCGCAUGUGGUGGGCUUUCCUCGCCUCAUCCAUGGUUACUUUCUUUGGGGGACUGUUUAUCAUCCUGCUGUGGAGGACCCUCAAGUACCUGUGGACUGUCUGCUGCCACUGCGGGGUCAAAAACAAGGAGGCCCAGAAGAUCAAUGGUGGUGGAGAUACACAGGCAGAUGGAGCCUGCAAACCAACAGAUGAAAAAGAGGAGAAUGUGGCAGCAGAAGUGGGAUGGAUGACGUCUGUGAAGGAUUGGGCAGGAGUCAUGAUAUCUGCCCAGACAUUAACUGGCAGAGUACUUGUUGUCUUAGUCUUCGCUCUUAGUAUUGGUGCUCUUGUAAUAUACUUCAUAGAUUCAUCAAAGAGCCGUACAGCAGACUCAUUGAUCCCAAUAGAAUCCUGCCAGAAUUUCUACAAAGAUUUCACAUUACAGAUCGACAUGGCUUUCAAUGUGUUCUUCCUACUCUACUUUGGCUUGCGUUUUAUAGCAGCCAAUGACAAGCUAUGGUUUUGGCUAGAAGUUAACUCAGUGGUAGAUUUCUUCACGGUCCCUCCAGUAUUUGUGUCAGUAUAUUUAAACAGAAGUUGGCUUGGUUUAAGGUUUUUAAGAGCCCUUAGACUGAUACAGUUCUCAGAAAUCUUGCAGUUUCUGAAUAUACUUAAAACAAGUAAUUCCAUCAAGCUAGUGAAUCUGUGCUCUAUAUUUAUCAGCACGUGGCUGACAGCAGCUGGGUUCAUACAUUUGGUGGAGAACUCAGGGGAUCCAUGGGAAAAUUUCCAAAAUAACCAACCGCUAACAUAUUGGGAAUGUGUUUAUUUGCUGAUGGUUACAAUGUCCACUGUUGGCUACGGAGAUGUUUAUGCAAAAACAACCCUUGGUCGCCUUUUCAUGGUCUUCUUCAUCCUUGGGGGACUGGCCAUGUUUGCCAGCUACGUCCCUGAAAUCAUAGAGUUAAUAGGAAACCGCAAGAAAUAUGGUGGUUCCUAUAGUGCGGUUAGUGGAAGAAAGCACAUAGUUGUCUGUGGUCACAUAACACUUGAAAGUGUGUCGAACUUCCUGAAGGACUUCCUGCACAAGGAUAGGGACGAUGUCAAUGUAGAAAUCGUCUUUCUGCAUAAUAUCUCCCCUAACCUUGAGCUGGAAGCUCUUUUUAAACGACACUUCACUCAGGUGGAAUUUUAUCAGGGUUCAGUCCUUAAUCCCCAUGACCUGGCAAGAGUGAAGAUAGAGUCAGCAGAUGCGUGCCUAAUCCUUGCCAAUAAAUACUGCGCUGACCCAGAUGCUGAAGAUGCCUCCAAUAUUAUGAGAGUUAUUUCCAUAAAGAAUUAUCAUCCGAAGAUAAGAAUUAUCACUCAGAUGUUGCAGUACCACAAUAAGGCCCAUCUACUAAAUAUCCCAAGCUGGAACUGGAAAGAAGGGGAUGAUGCAAUCUGUCUUGCUGAGCUGAAGCUGGGUUUCAUAGCCCAGAGCUGCCUGGCACCGGGCCUUUCAACAAUGUUAGCCAACCUCUUCUCUAUGAGGUCAUUCAUAAAGAUUGAGGAGGAUACGUGGCAGAAAUACUACCUGGAAGGAGUUGCAAAUGAAAUGUAUACAGAAUAUCUGUCUAGUGCCUUUGUGGGUUUGUCCUUCCCUGCAGUUUGUGAACUGGUGUUUGCGAAACUAAAGCUCUUAAUGAUAGCCAUAGAAUACAAGUCGGAAAAGCGUGAAAGCAGUAUAUUAAUCAAUCCUGGAAACCAUGUCAAGAUUCAAGAAGGUACCUUAGGAUUCUUCAUUGCAAGUGAUGCCAAAGAAGUAAAAAGGGCAUAUUUUUACUGCAAGGCCUGUCAUGAUGACAUCACGGAUCCAAAAAGGAUAAAAAAAUGUGGCUGCAAACGGCAAGUAAAGAAUGCAGCUAGAUCAAGUUACCCAAAAUGUUCAUAUCAAUUCAAGAAUGCAACUACUAAUGCAUUGAUUGAUGCCAAGUCCACUGAAGGAAUCCCGGAACCUGUUCCACUUGUUAAUAACCGUAAAGGGAGCCUCUUCCUACCCAACAACCCCUCGCUGCUGCACCUUAACUUACUGAGUUCUGUUGAACAAGGAAAAUCUACCUACUGUAGAUUGCAAAGGGCACUCAGCUUGCCUGUAAAAUACCGCUACCAUUCCCAAAAGCCUGGGCUGAACCAAGAUCUCCUUGAAGAUGAGCAGCCGUCGACACUAUCACCCAAAAAAAAGCAGCGAAAUGGAGGCAUGCGAAAUUCACCCAACUCUUCACCCAAAUUGAUGAGGCAUGACCCCUUGUUAAUUCCUGGCAACGAGCAGAUUGACAAUAUGGAUGCCAACGUGAAAAAAUACGAUUCUACAGGGAUGUUUCAUUGGUGUCCAGCCAAAGACAUUGAAAAGGUCAUUUUGACUCGAAGUGAAGCAGCGAUGACAGUUUUAAGUGGGCAUGUAGUCGUUUGCAUAUUUGGGGAUGUUAAAUCUGCUUUGAUUGGAUUAAGAAACUUAGUGAUGCCAUUACGAGCCAGCAACUUUCACUACCAUGAACUCAAGCAUAUUGUGUUUGUGGGUUCACUUGAAUACCUGAGAAGGGAAUGGGAGACACUGCAUAACUUCCCCAAGGUUUCAAUCUUGCCUGGUACGCCAUUAAGUCGGGCUGAUUUAAGGGCUGUCAACAUCAACCUCUGCGACAUGUGCGUUAUCCUGUCAGCCAAUCAGAAUAAUAUUGAUGAUGCUUCGCUGCAGGACAAGGAAUGCAUCUUGGCGUCACUCAACAUCAAAUCUAUGCAGUUUGAUGACAGCAUUGGGGUCUUGCAGGCUAAUUCCCAAGGCUUUACACCCCCUGGGAUGGAUAGGACAUCUCCAGACAACAGUCCAGUGCAUGGCCUCUUACGUCAACCCUCCAUUACAACAGGAGCCAACAUCCCUAUCAUAACAGAGCUAGUAAAUGAUUCAAAUGUUCAGUUCUUGGACCAAGAUGAUGAUGAUGAUCCCGACACAGAACUGUAUCUCACGCAGCCUUUUGCAUGUGGAACCGCAUUUGCUGUCAGCGUGCUGGACUCUCUCAUGAGCGCAACAUACUUCAAUGACAAUAUCCUCACACUGAUACGGACAUUGGUAACAGGAGGAGCCACACCAGAGCUGGAAGCACUGAUUGCUGAGGAAAAUGCAUUGAGAGGAGGUUACAGCACGCCCCAGACACUUGCAAACAGGGACAGGUGUCGAGUUGCUCAGUUGGCUUUGUAUGAUGGGCCUUUUGCAGACCUAGGGGAUGGAGGUUGUUAUGGAGAUCUAUUUUGUAAAGCACUGAAAACAUACAAUAUGCUUUGCUUUGGAAUUUAUCGAUUAAGGGAUGCACAUCUAAGUACUCCCAGCCAAUGCACUAAACGUUAUGUUAUCACAAACCCACCAUAUGAAUUUGAGCUUGUGCCGACGGACUUGAUCUUCUGUUUGAUGCAAUUUGACCACAACGCUGGCCAGUCCCGAGCCAGUCUCUCUCAUUCCUCCCAUUCCUCCUACUCUUCCAGCAAGAAGAGCUCAUCAGUUCACUCCAUCCCGUCAACAGCAAACCGACCCAACCGCACCAAGACCAGGGAUUCCCGGGACAAACAGAACAGAAAAGAAAUGGUUUACAGAUGAGCCGGAUAAUGCCUAUCCCAGAAACAUUCAAAUCAAGCCCAUGAGCACUCACAUGGCCAAUCAGAUCAAUCAAUAUAAAUCGACAAGCAGCUUGAUACCACCAAUACGAGAAGUUGAAGAUGAAUGUUGACUCCUUCGAAGCCAGAACUAUUUUUUUAAAGCCUGACAAACUUCAUGAAUGGUGAUGUGACAUUUAUUCCUCUUACUUGCUGAACCACUGAUGGAGAAGUUAAGAAGGGCACGCUUAAUGGGAAAAUAAAGUAGACAGAUCUUUGUUUGUCUGCCUUUAAUAUUGCUUCCACGUAUUUUGGAAACUAUUUCAUUUAUAAAUGAACAUAAUCAAAACUAGUCAUGUAUAGCCUCUAGCAUUUUAAAUUAUUUUUAUUUAUUAGAAAAAAUAUAUUUUUCUUUUUUUUUUUUUCAUUGUUAAGUAUUUUCCCUUAAAAAAACAGCAUAUGUGGCCAGACUCCUAAGAAUUAAAAAACCCAACAAACCCCUCAGUCUUUGGCUUAAAGGAGAAUGAUGGUCACAGUUAUAAGGAUAUGUAAUUAAGGGAGACAAAUGAUAUAUUUACAAAAAGGAAAAAAAAGGUCCAACUUGUAUUUUAGUAAAUCAAAAAAAAAAAAAAAAAAAAAAAGAAGAAAAAAAACCAACAACACUUCACCAAAAUGUUUCUUUAUCAGAAGAUGUGUAUUUUGUUCAGCAUUGACACCAGCUCUUAAUAAAUUGAACUUAUUUAUUUUCAGAGUUGAAAGUCAUAUUUUUGUACAUGUAACAUUCUUCUGAAAUAUUCUUUGUUUUAUAUAGCUCAUCUUGACUGCCAGUUACCUGAAGGUCCAGUGACCCCCCACUGUCCCCUGCCCCUUCCCAUGGUCCCACACACAGAAACCCCUGGGGAACACGCUGCCACACAGGCACAGGGAGUGUCACCACCCCAGCCAAGGGCAUGGACGGAAGGGGCACCUGCUAGAAAUGGCAGAUCUGGCAAUUGCACUUCCCUUUAGCCAUCAGCAGUUGUGAAUUUCAGGAAGGCAAGCUUGGCAAUUCUACUUUUGCCAUGUGCUUUGGCCCAGAGUGGAUACAAUGGUGCAUGGAGGCGUAUAAACCAUCUCAUCUACCACAUGUUGUUACUUCCUUACUUCAGAAGUGCUGAUGGCCUUUCAUUGCUCUGAGAUGGUACAAAUUCUUCCUGAUAUCUAUAGAGAUUGAGCUCCAGAUCCUUGCAUUUCGGUGACAGCUCAUACCCUGGUAAAUCUGAAUCUCCUUUUGGUGAAUUCAGGAUAAAAACUGGUUUAGCCUCAGCUCUACAAUCUCACAAUGUGCUGUCCUCAGUUAAUUCCAACAAUAAGCAACAUCUUAUUUUAGCAGUUGUUUUUCUGGUUUUUUUGUUUGUUUGUUUUUUUCCUUUUAUUUAUUUUUACUUUGCUGGGACACCACACACACAAAAGUACAGUAAUAACCAAAUCAAAAUAAUAAAAGUGAUGAAUGUAUUUAUUAUGAUAACAUGCAAAAGGCCUUUGAUGGGUGCCUUUUGUGUCAGCAGUUUCACAAAGUUGCCAACAAGCUUUAUAGCCAUCAGACAAAAAUGUGAUGUUUCAUAUCUGUGCUGCAGUAUCUACCCAACCAAGCAUUUAUGUUCUAAAUGAUUUAGUAACUAACUCUAUCUCAAAUAAGCAACAUCUGACACAAUUGUGUGGAAAAAAAAAAAAGGAAAGGCUGUGCUAAUAUGGAAACAAGAACCAAAACUGCAAAACCAGAGUCAUCAGGAAAAGCAGAUUUUCAUUGUGCAAGUCAACUUUAGGCUAUGUAAUUUUGCAGAAUUGUUGAACACCACAAUUAAACAUACAGUGGUAUUUUUAUCAUUAGAGAAAUAUCAGUGAAUCAAACAAAUACAAAGCAGACGAUGAAUUUAUUGUGAAAACAAUGAUGUCCACUAUAUAAUCCAACAUUUAAGCCAAACUAUCUCAGCUUUAAUGUUUGUCCACUGGCUGCAGUACAAGUAUAACCAUACUAACACCUAAUAGGCUUUAUUCUGGAGUGACUUCUUGGACUGUGACUAUUUUGUUGUUACAUUUUGUAGAAUAGCUAUUUAAAGACAAUAACAAGAAUUGUUAAUACAGUAUCUGUAAAAUUGGAUUGUUUAAAAUACUUCACUCUCCUACAGAGUAACAAAACAAUACAAGCAGUUUUUCAUUAUUAUUUAGAUUCAUGUUUAACGCAUUUCACAGUCCUGAAAAGAGAAGAUAAUUCCAGUGAGUUCUUCCGACAUAUGCUGCUUCAGCUAGUGACACGCUAUAAUUUACAUCCAGUUUCUGCAUUGGGUCAUGUUAAGCCUUUUCUUUGAGGUCGGUGCUCCUUUUUCAUUUAUGAACUGCAUUCAUAUUAAAACCAGAAUGAAAAAAGCUGGUCCUGAGUACUGGAGAAUUUUAGAAAUUUGUUGUUAUUCAACCUCACCAAAAGCAUAUGAAUUUUAAUUUUUUUCCUGAAAAGAUUAGUGUUUACUAGAGGGGCAUAGAACAUUAUAUCUUAUACCUUAUCAUAUACAGUGCCACUUCUGUGUGUCCUUCCUUCAGAAGGGAGCAUUCACUGGGUAAAACAUAAUAAUGAAUCAAAUACAGCACCCCUACACAGCUAAGGUUUGUGUGUCUCUGUCCAGUUUAACUGUCACACCCCAAAAUCCCAGGCUACUGUUUGUAAAUAAAGGACAAGACCUGAACACACUCCCGAGCUCUUCUGGCACAGAUAGCUCCAUAUGCAGGGGUUGGUAGAACAACACCCGUAGAGAGCAAACAAGACAGACAGAAACAGGCAGAGUUAUGGGUCUACACUUCCCAUUUAUAGAUAGAAAAGCCAAAAUCAGUAAUAUUGUCUUAGUCCUGUUUUUGAUAAUCAGAGAUGCAGAACUGAUGUUUGGAAAGCAGGUGGAGGAACAGAUAGAAAACCUGUUGGGGAUCUUCGAUAUUCAGCCAUUAUAAAUUACAAUGUGGCCAGCACCUUGGAUAUAUAUGGAUACAUGAAUUUACAUCAAAGCUGGGAAAAGGCUGGGAAAGGGACCUAAAUGACAGCUGACAGACCGCAUGAUGACUGAUAUAGGAAUAAAUUCUUGGUCUUUAUCAAUAACUUUUACCGCUUUCUCAGAAGGCAAAAAAAAAAAAAAACAACCAACCAAUAAUGUGGGGUGGAGAGGAUUUCCAGUUGUUUUUGUUCUUUUUUUUUAGUUGGGUUUUGUUUUGGUUUUUUUUGGCAUUAAUUGCAUGCACUACUGGUACAGGCUAUAGGGGUUUUGGUAAGUCAUGUGUUGGAUGAAUAGUGUGUCUGUGUGUGUGUUUGUACCCAUGCAUGCACACACAUACGUGUAGGGGUGUGCAUCUAUUUGAUAGAGCCAUCACAGGAAGGUGUCAUCGUUUUUAUUUUCCAUGAACUGGGGAGAAGAAAGGCACAAAAAAGUAAAAGAAAUUUGUGGCUUGCAGGGUAGCACAUGGAAGGAUUGUUUCUGGUGUUUCCACCUGGUUUGACCAAAACCCAGGCAUCCUGGUCAGUUCUAUGAGAGGUGCACUGACAUUUUGCUGCAGAGCCUUCUCUCCCUGCUGCAGCUGGGCUGUGCUCCUGACCCUCCUCACACCCCUGCACUUGUGGGCUCCCACAUUGCCAGGAAGUCUGCUGGCUCUCUCCAUGUCAUGGCUAUUACUUUAAUUUGUCCCCUGAAGCCCAUGAGCACUAAGAUGAAAGGAUAGAACUGUCCUCUGAUAGAUUUGGUGGCAAGUGCAGAGCACAGAAGAAGUUAAGGUAUAAAGAAAAGAAAAUAUUUAUAGUCUAAAUGCAAAUUUUAACACCUCAAUGUGACUGUGUAGUUCCUUCUAAAAUAGUAAGUAUAUGAUGUAUUUUUUAAUAGGGAAAAACAAGAUGAAAACAUUUCCUUGUACUUUUUAAAAGCAUUCUAAAGCUGUCAGUGACAUUUUAACACUUUGUCUUUCAAAUCAGCGUUGAUGGCCCAGCAGUAGGGAACACAUGGGACAGAAAGUACAAACCCCUUGAUCUGGGCCAGGCAUGGUCAGCUGGGUGUGAAAAGAGCGAAAUGGCCUCAGCCAAAGGAGGGAAAGGGCAGAUGUAGUUUGCAAGCCAAGUACAGGAGACACUGCAAAAGCAUUGGUCUUUUAUUAUACAUUGGUGGGUGAUGGUGGUGGAUGAGGUUGGCUAUUUUUGGCCAGCAAAAGGAAGCUUUUGCAUUUCUUGAACUCUUUUGUAGUAGAAGGAGAAAGUACAAUAGUGUGUUCUCAUUCAGGUUUUGCUGUGUGUGUGUGUGUGUCUAAACUACAGCUAACAACUACUGCAAUAACUGGUUGCAUAAACUGAUGCGUAACCAUACAUGACCAAAAAAAAGCAAUAAUUUACAAAUGGCUAAUAAGGUUUUCACUGCUUGGUGAAAUCCUCUGGCCAAUCCAUAAAAAUGUUAGCAACUGCCCUGGACUAGCUGACUCACAUGGGCUCAAACUGAAACACAGAGCAGGUGCUUAGAUGGUUUUAAGAAGUGGAUUCCUAAGGGCUCCUGGAUCCCAAUGCAUUUGAAAUAAACACAUAUUGAGGUCAAUGUGUGUGUGUGUGUGUAUGUGUGUUUUGUUUUUACAGCUGUUAUCAUUGUGAAUUUCUUUAGCACCAAAAGAAGUGUGUGUCUCACCUUUCAGUUCUAGUUUUGAACGUGCUUAAACUAAAUAUCCAAGCGUGUGAAAGGCGAUGAACAGGACAAAGUGAAAACAGAAAUCUGUUCCCAGUGUUACAGUGGAUUAGCCUGGGAAUAUCUGUCAAAGUCAAUGGCAAAUGCACAAAAAAAUUCAGAGGAAAGGAGAACUCUUUAUAAUCCUGUUUUUUUUUCUUUUCUGUGCCAUCUGAACCACUGAAACCCCCAACAUACAAACAAGAACCUUUUUAAUUUUAUUUUUUUUUUUUUUUAUAAUUCUAAAGGUUCUUGAAUAACAACAGGCUUAAGGAAAAUAGCUUUUUUUUAAAAAAAGUCAUUAUAUAUACAUGCCAGGUCUCCUAAUAUUCCAUUUAUAGUAUUUUCAUGCUGAGCAAUAGUAGUGGGUGUGGGUUACAGCCCCAUCUGAAAUAAUGGAAGGAAUGUAGUAGCUCUUCUGCUGUAGUCACUGCCCAGGAUGGUAUGUGGGCCUGUAGUAUUGACAAGUGUGUGCCAGCAUUUAGCAGAGCUCUGUUUCUGCCAGUAAUGCAUCUGUGGUGCACAGCUUCUCUCUGCUCUAGAGCAUGCAGCCCUGCUGAGGCUGUGCAGUCUCUGAGCACCAGGCUGCAUGACCAGGCAAAUUCCACUGGAGCCCACAGCGAGGGCUGCUGCUCUGCGCAGAGCUGUGUUACUGGGAACUGCCAAAAGGAAAAGGGGUAGGGAAAAUGAAGAAAAUAUAAAAUAUGAGGUAUUUCUUUUAUUACUUUGGGUCUAAUUUAGAGCAAUAUCUAACUUAGGAAGCUCAACAGUAACGCUGCAUCUAAUUAGAACCUUUAUGAUGUUGAGACAAGGUUUCUUACUGCUUCAGUCAAUGCAUUUUAGAGGAGAUCUCUAUAAAGUAAAAAAAACCCAAACAACCCAGAACACAGCAUAUAGGCAGUUGAAUACAUGUAAUAAAACCCAUAGAUUUUUCAGAAACAAAGAAGUGGCAUAUGAGCAUUUUGUUGACUGGACAAUAAAUAGUAGGAACAAAAAAAUAAUGUCAGCAAGAAGUUAUCUCAAGCAGUUAAAAAAAUUCUGCUUCUGCCAUUGUUCUGUAGCUUGGGACACAUAUGCUUAGCCAAUGCAAAUACUCUAACCUCUGGCAAAAAAUAAAUAAAAUAUUUUUAAAAAUAUAUAUAAAAAUAUUACUUUAACUUUCAUAUUUCUGUAGAGUUCAAGACUGAUGAAACCAUUUUCUUCCUUUGGAAAAAACACACACAUGCAAAUACAUUAUAUACAAUAUAUUUUGAUUGUUUCAAAUGUCUACAUUAGUUAUAGUUUGGAAGUGGAGAUGGCAAGGGAGUACACAGAGAACCAGCUAGCAUCUUAAUUUAAAAGUUCAUGAAGAAAAAGGAGUACGACUUCAUCACUUUACUUUUAACAUCAUGGGUUGGUGAGAGAGAACAAAUGCUGGUGCUCAGAAAUGAUCUACCUGACUUUGUCAUAUGUAAUAUCCAGUGAAAAAUAUAUCGUCCUGUAAAAAGGGUUUGUACAUAACUUGUACAUGGUUUCAUUUUGUAUUUUUCUCAGAUUAAAAUUUAUGUAUUUGUGUUCUAAAA